AUGAUGGGCUAGUGUUACCAUUAGUCUCUGAUUAUACCAAGGCCCUUGCCACGCUCCUUGGGCAUGGGGCCAAUGUGGAAUCCCUGGCAACACAUAAAAGUGAUGGAUGGUUCACUUGUGUUGACUUUGUUGUCGAGAGCAUCUCUCAGUACUCAGAGGAUUCUGAUCGCGAUACGCGUAUUUCUCGUGCUUCUCCGGCCCCCUCGGUAGGGAUAUCAAUGACGCUCCCAGCAUUGACUUCAAGAACACGCAAUACACCUAAGCGCAACGGUUCCAAUGAUCGAUCAUCACGUGGCCACCUUGCAGCUCUCAUGGAAUGCUUAUUGUCUCUUGUUACCGCUCCAAAUGCACCCUUGCUCCAACGCACUAAAGAUAUAUCAUCUGUCGCGCUCCAGGUUCUUCAGCUUCGAUACCUCGGUCUAAGCCAACUUCAUCAGUUGGCAUUUGCCGUCAUCAACGCGAUACUAGUCAUAACUCAGACAGAUGAUACCACUCAUUCAAGCUCAUUAGCUGUCGAAUGCCUGCCACUCAUCAUAUAUUGGUGGCAAGCUAGAACUGCAUCUAAAUCCGACGCUUUGCUCAAUGUUGUUCGGGCAGAGAUGCUGAAGCUUCUAUAUAGUAUUCAAUUACAACUCGAAUUCUUAGCUCGGCAGAAUAGCGAGGUUGCCCUCUUUGAAGACAUUGAGAGCCUGUCAGAAGUAUUCUGGAGCGAGUACUCGAAGCGAGAUGACCGGGCUCAACUUCAGCAAGAUGACCUCACGUAUAUAGUUGAUCAUCACACAAUCAAUCCUUUUUACAUCCACUCGUUUUCGUUACGGUCUUACAACAUCGAGGGCGAAAGGCAAUGGGCAGUUGUGCAAAUAUUGGCGAUGCUGGAAGCAAUAUUGUGGAAACGAUCGAAUUUUUUGCACGCAAACACUCUUAGUAAUGAAAACGCCGAACAUCCACACAAGAAACAACGGAAAGAUACAGGGUCCAGUAGACUACGUUAUAGGCUGCACUCCGUUGAUCGUUCUACACAAUUCACAGCGUUGCAGAUGAUUCCUUUUUUUGUCUCGGACAUUUCUAUCACAGCUGAAGAAAUAUAUGAUGUCCACUCUGAAUUGAUCAUUCUUAUUACAAGCAAGAAUAGCAAGUUAUCGACUUGGGCCAUGAUAGCCUGUGCAAGUCUAGCCGCUAAAGCUAUUCCUACUAAUGAUUCUUUCGAUACUCUUUGGAAACAGACAUGGCAAGUCGCAGUUCGAUCUGGCGACAUCAGUGAUGUGGUUACAACUGCAGAUGUGAAUGGUCCGGCGGUUCUCGUUGACUCUUCGCUUGUUCUGAUGACAGCCCUUUUGCAACUUCGUAAUCAUCACAUCCCCAGCGCUAGUCAUGCGACCAACAACCACGUCAUUCGUUGGAUGUUAUCUCGCUGGUUUCCUGCCGAUGCAAACUUUAUCUCAUCAUAUUCCAUGCAUAUUUCUCCGCUGAACAUGGCGAAUGUUAUACGAACAACUUGCGGGGAUACUGAAUUAUCAUUCCCGAAAGUUUCUCAAACGAUAUCGGGCCCAAUUGCCGAAACAGUGCUUUUGCUUCGUGAACGUGAGAGUGUAGUAAAAUACCUCCUGUUACUUGACGAUGGUACAGGCAGUUUGAAAAUGGGAAGUAGCCAGAAGACCGUCCCACCGAAAUCCAAUGGUGUACUUAGAGACUCUACAAGUACUCUUGCCACAACGAAACUUGUAACCGAACUGUUUUACUCGAAGUUAGAGGAGGUUGAGAGCUUAUGCAACGCUUGGGCUAAGAAGACAGAAGGCGCCGGCCAUAUCACACCAGAAAAGCUUCAGAGCGUGAUUUCAUGCUUGCUACUUGGAGCUCUAGUAUUGCCGCGAUUAAAGGAGGUCAACACACGGCAGUCUCAGGAAAUUGAGCAUGUCAUUUUCCGAAUAUUGAGAGUCCUUAUCGAGGUCCUGUCAUCUGCGCCUGAAAGCCAGCCGCUCUAUGAUUGCCUCUUGAGGUUUAUCCGAGCUUAUUUACCAGAAUUCACUAGCAAUUCUCUUGGUCAACUCUCAACAGAAUACACAUAUCUGCAUCAAUUGUUUGCUGAGAUAUCUGUAUCUCUAUAUCGACAACGGCUUGAUCAGCAAUCAUUGGAGGAAGACAGUGACCCAAUGGACAUUGAUGAUGAAUUUGGAUCACAAGGCAAUCGUUCAAAUACUAAUCUGAAUAUGGCCGAAACACCUAGGAGAGAGUCGCUAGUAGUGCUUCAGGCUUCGUCAUUCUAUAUCGAUACCACACAGCGACUCCAUUUCCUUCAACAACUCCAAGAAGACAACAACCGCAUUGGAUUUAUUCCGACAUCAUUCCUUGACUCGUUUCUCCUAUUAACAGAUAGAGAAAUUGUAUCAUGUCGGUGUUUUAUGAGAGAGCUGUUCAGUUCAGAUUUAAUUAUUAGUCCCGAUGAUGCCCAGAAUGUUGUCGAGAGACUCGGCGCGUUGAUUGGACAAUCCACAUUUUCAUCAUGUGAAGUAGCUCUGAACAUCUGUCUCGACUUGAUGGAAGGCUUCAUAGAAAUGUGGUGUAGUGGUGAUGAUGAAUUAUCCUCUCCAGUGGGGGAUUUGUACAGGCACUAUCUCAACAAAGGACUAUCACACAACCUCCUCUCGCCCAGUGUUCAAGUAACAUUAUCACGUCUGUUACUUCGACUGGCUCAAGUGGGUGAGAACUUCCCUGAGACAGUAGCUAUGGGUCCUCCAAAUACCUCGCUCUUGCGUAUCUUAGAAAAUAGCCCCUUAACAGUCAAGUUCUAUAUAGGGGCUCGCCUUCCAAGCAUGUUCAGUCGCUAUAUUCUGAAGACCCACGAAGAAAUGUUUGUUGACAUCCUUGAGAACCUUCCAACAAGCAAUACGUUUCUGGAAGGCAUUGCACUACGACUCUUUGUGCUCGGGGAGGUAGCACGAGAAUGGCCCACGCUACUACGAAGAGGCAUAUAUCAUAUCUUUGAAACCCCUGGCAAGGUCCCCCAUUCAAAAAAGCAUGCUGCUUACUGCCUCAAGAGGGUUGCCGCUACGCUCAAGCUCGAUGGUCCGAUGCAGCUUUUCGAUUUAUUCGCUUCGCAGCUUCUAUACACGUGGCUCGAUGAGGGAGCUGUCGAAGAUAUUCCAUUUGAAAUAUUCGGGUUUCCCAGCCUCGAGGCCCUCCUUCGCCGGUCCCAAACUAACGUUGUGGCUCUAAUGGUCAUGCGUGCCCAGGAUGAGGCACUGAUGAGACUUGCUACAGCUCUCAGCACAACACCAGCGCAGCUUGUACAAUGUAACUUCUCGAAGACACUUGCAUAUAGUGUGGCCCAUGAUAUUAGCAUGUCGAAAGGAGAGCAGAGUCAGAGCGGAGAAAGUCGGCUUAGGAAGCUUCUGGGGAGGGAGAAUUUCCUGGAGAGCGUAUAUCUUAAUUUUGCAGACAUCAUUGGGACGUUUGUGAGCCUUAUUGAUCAAGAAGAUCCCAUUGAGAAGUGGUGGGCGAAGGACGAAAAUUUUCUAUACGCUACUGAAACCAUGGCAAGCAUCAAGCAGUGCGGGCAUUCGGAUGUUUUAUUAGGGGCGAAUCAGCAACCCACCUUUCGUCCAAAGUAUUUGAUGAGGGAGAUUGUACUGCUCUGCAGCCGCACCGAAUAUGAAUCUUCCAGUCUGUGGAGUCCAGCGCUCGUGGUCGCUGUUUCCAGGAAACUUUUCGGCAGUAUACACAAAGCUCUGGGUCCUUUACAUGCAUGCUCUGUUCUCCGGAAGGUCCGAGUAUUGAUGUGCUUGGCUGGCCCUCAUGCCUGGAAUUCUUACCCAUUGGAGAUGCUACUACAUUCUAUACGCCCAUAUAUUGUCGACACUGAGUGUGCAGAUGAUGCGCUUGGGAUGAGCCAAUUCUUACUGGAGAAAGGCUACACUGCUCUUUCGAAAUCGCCAUCUUUUGUUGCGGGAUAUGCUUUAACAACUUUGGCAUCCCUCCGAGUUUUCCUCAAGACAUCGCAGUCUAGCACAACUCAAGAAAGCCAGUUUAAAGCAACAAUGAGCAAGGCCCAAAGGUUUCACUCAUGGUUCGCUAAUUACCUAGACACAUAUGCUUCGAACGCUCUUAAAGAUGAGUCACAGAGAGAUGCAUUCAGGGCCAUUACCGAAUCUGCCGUUCAUGUACGUGCUUCAGGAAACGCGGAACAAGGAACCCAUGAAAGUCGACUGCUUCUGGAGAUAUUGAGAGACGAGCAUAAUGGAACUAGGCUCCUGAGCGCCGCCUCCCGCAAGUUAGCAAUAGAAAUGCUCUGUUGCAACUUUACCAUGCCAACCACAUCAAGCGUAGACAUUAUGCGUUCUGAUGGAGACUGCAAGAUGUUGGCGAAGUCCAUUUGGAGAAGUUGUAAAUCACAGAAUCUUAGUGAUGAAUAUCUGGCCUGGGCGGGGCGGGUCAUCGGUAGGGGUUUCGCUUCAUCCGGCCAUAUUGACAGUGAGCUGCUGCAAGAGUCGCAGCUAUCGAAUUAUCAUCAAGACGCAGGGAGCGAAUCCGCCUCCGAACAAGGACUUCUCAGCCUUCUUCAAGCCCUUACAUCUGACAGCGACUGUAUCAAAGCAGGGCUUGCAGAGUCAGUUUUGAGAACAAUAUGUUCAGAAGCAGCAGCUCAAGGCGACGAUGCACUACUCGUAGCGUGUGAGAAGAUUCUAUCCAAUCAACUUCUUCAGGCUUGCCACUGGCUACCGUAUCGAACACCGCCCUCUGAUAAUUAUCCUGUUGACGAGAUGGAAGAAGAAUCAACCUUUUCUCCGGACUCGAUUCAGAAGCCGAACUGGUCCGAGAAUAUGACAGUGUACCUUGUGCAAAACGCCCCCAAAAGCAUCAUACUAAACGCCUUACCUCCAAUACUCAUGAACGUUGAAGGAUUUGCGAAAGAAGCCUUUCCCUACAUCAUUCACCUCAUCUUAUUAAUCGAGCGCAAAUCUCAGCAAUCAGCAAGGCGUAGACUAUCAGGGGCACUGAAACACUGGUUUCGAACGGACUUGCCCAUAGCCAAAGAUAACGUCAGUCUUCUGAUGAAUGCGAUUCUAUACCUCCGAACACAGCAGCUACCGGGAGAAAAUUCCAUAGCUGAUCGAAUGCAGUGGCUGGAGCUUGAUCUCACCUUAGCAUCUUCAGCUGCAACCAAGUGCGGCAUGUAUAAGACUGCCCUGCUCUUCGUAGAACUAUCUUCAUCUGAGAGUGUUCGCUCUUCUCGACGCUCGUCCGCCAUUCGAUCCCAAGAUUCCACGGAUUUGCUGUUAGAUAUCUUUGAAAACAUUGAUGAUCCAGAUGCGUAUUAUGGGUUAAGCCAAAAUGCAAGCUUAACGAACGUCCUGGCUCGCCUAGAAUAUGAAAAAGACGGGCUGAAGAGUCUAGCAUUCAGAGGAGCACAGUAUGACAGUCAUAUCCGGAGAGGUGACACAGCAGCUGUGGUCGAUAACCGGUCACUCGUAGGCACCCUCGGUAGCUUAGGCCUCUCUGGCAUGUCUUAUGCCUUACUACAAAAUCAGCAAAGUCUCGAUAGCUCCUCUAGUGCCGUUGAUAGCACGUUCGAUACAGCAAGGAAAUUAGAGACUUGGAACCUACCAACAGUCGGCCUCGCUAGUAACCAUUCUGUCACUAUCUAUAAAGCGUACCAGGCCUGGAAUCAAGCCACAGAACUAGAUGUGGUAAAGCGAGUUGUCUGGAGUGGAUUCAGCGACAUUUUGCAAAAUGUAUUGAGAAAUGAAGUCAGUGCGCCUUCACUUCGAGACCAUUUAGGCGGCCUAGCAGUUCUAGCGGAGCUUAAUGAUGCGGUUGACAUAACUAAUUCUAGCGAGCUUGAACAACUCCUUGACACAUUCAGUAGUCGCACUUUUUGGAUGAAGAGCGGACGAUAUGAUGACGUGGGCCGGAUACUGUCUUGCAGGGAAACAACCAUGAAUUUGCUUUCGCAGUUCUCUGUUCGAGGCAAUGUUGCCAAUCUAAACCCUCCCGAGACUCAACUUGUACAAGUCAAGUCGAUGCUGCUAUCUUCCAACAUUCAUAGGUAUCAUCAAGCCUUUCAGGAGUCGCUAAACAUCGCCACAUCUCUUACCCACCUCGUGCAACCCAGUGCAGACCUGGGGCUCAAUAUUGAUUCUGCGGCUAGGAUUGAGGUAGCCAACUCUCUUUGGGAUCAUGGAGAAAUGAUGUCUUCGAUCCGACUACUUCAGCAUAUUGAUGAAGAUACCGACCUUAAGAAGCAAACCAUAGCGGUCAGCCGACCUGAUCUUCUUGCCAAGACCGCACACCAAAUAUCCGUCGCAAGACUUGAAAAGCCAGAUAGCAUACAGAAAAAUUACCUUAAUCCUGCGCUCAAAGAGCUAAAAGGAAAGGCAGACGGUGAAGAAGCCGGUAAAGUAUACCAUCAGUUUGCUAUGUUCUGUGACGAACAGCUACAAAAUCCCGAUAGUCUUGAGGACCUGGCUCGCCUACAACAUCUGAAGCAAGGAAAGAGUGACGAAGUUACCCAGCUUAUGGAGCUAGUUUCCAAUGCAAAGGAUACGCAAUCCAGGACAAGAUUUACAUCUCACCUUAAUAGGGCGAAACAAUGGCUUGGGCUGGAUGAACAGGAACUACGCCGAGUCGAACAAAGUCGGGGUGAAUUCGUGCGUCUCAGCUUAGAGAAUUAUCUCCUGUCACUCAUUGCCUCGGAUGAGUACAACAAUGAUGCGCUUCGGUUUACUGCGCUUUGGCUUGAACGCGCCUCUGAGGGCUACGCGAAUGAAGCUGUGAAAAAGUAUAUAGACAAGGUCCCGACUCGGAAAUUCGCGCCACUCAUGAAUCAAUUAAGCUCUCGUCUCCUGGAUCAGAAUAGCUCUUUCCAAAGACUUCUUAUUGAAUUAGUCUACCGCAUCUGUGUAGAUCAUCCGUACCAUGGGAUGUACCAGAUAUGGUCUGGGACAAGGUCUAAGCACAAGAAAGAAGACGAAGUCGCUCAACUCCGGAAGCAAGCUACUGAAAUUGUGGGAAAGAAACUAUUUCACACAGAAACAGCAGCAAGCACAUGGACAGCAAUCUAUUACACCAGUAAGGCUUAUCAUGCACUAGCUCUUGAGGGCACAUACAAGGGAGGUCAAAAGAUCUCGAUUAGGGAAUCGACCGCUGGAAUGACUCUCACCAGUUCUCUCGCCAAAUACCGCAUUCCCCCGCCUACCAUGCAUAUUGAACUUUCAACUAGUCUCGAUUAUUCCAACGUUCCGUUGGUCACUAAACUCGAGCCUACCAUGACCAUUGCGAGUGGUGUAAGCGCCCCCAAGAUCAUUACAAUUAUAGGAAGCAACGGGGGGCGCUUCAAACAACUGGUUAAAGGUGGUAAUGAUGACCUUCGCCAAGACGCCAUCAUGGAACAAGUUUUUGCUGCAGUCUCAUCUGUCUUAAAAUUGCAUCGUUCAACUCGGCAGCGCAAUCUUGGUAUCAGAACUUACAAAGUCCUGCCUCUUACCUCGGUAUCCGGGCUGAUUGAAUUUGUUCCGAAUACCAUACCUCUCCAUGAUUACCUUAUGCCGGCCCAUGAGCGAUACCACCCCCGGGAUUAUAAAGGCGCACAGUGUCGCCGGGAGAUUUCAAAUGUACAAACGAAGUCAUCUGAAGUACGUCUUGCCACGUACAAGAAAGUCACCGAUCGUUUCCAGCCCGUGAUGCGCUAUUUCUUUAUGCAAUACUUCCCCGAUCCGGAUGACUGGUUUGCUAAGCGAACGGCCUACACUCGCACCACUGCAGCUAUAUCCAUGCUCGGCCACGUCCUCGGACUCGGUGACCGCCACGGGCACAAUAUCCUACUAGACUCGAAGAAUGGUGAGGUUGUGCAUAUUGAUCUGGGAGUAGCAUUUGAGUCCGGUAGAGUGUUGCCUGUUCCCGAACUUGUGCCAUUCCGACUCACACGAGACAUCGUGGAUGGUAUGGGUAUCACCAAGACUGAGGGAGUCUUCCGACGAUGUUGUGAAUUUACUCUGGAUGCCUUACGUGAGGAAACGUACUCGAUCAUGACUAUCCUGGAUGUGCUUCGCUACGAUCCUCUCUACUCGUGGUCAAUCAGCCCAGUGCGUGUAGCCAAAUUACAAGACCCGCGUCGUGAUGAGGCAGGUGACGAUCCAGAAAGCGAAGUUGAUUCGAAAAAGAAAAACAUUAUGAAUAAGAACGGUAUAGUAAACGAGCCUAGCGAAGCGGAUCGUGCUCUUGAGGUUGUACGAAAGAAGCUCAGUAAGACACUCAGCGUUACGGCCACGGUCAAUGACCUCAUCAAUCAGGCGACCGAUGAGAGAAAUUUGGCUGUAUUAUAUUCAGGUUGGGCAGCAUACGCCUAGAGUAUGUAAAUGGCGCGAUAUCUUGUACAUAUAUUAUUGUGAAUAUUAUAGUGGAAUCAUAGUUUAUGUAUUAUACAGCUGUCGACGGACAACUUAUACAAACAAGCAAAUGGUAAAUUGAGAAUGAAAACAGGGUCAUUGGCUUUUCAAAUGAUAUCAUGCAACGUAUCUUUUCCCCCACUAGGACUUCAUUCCCUGGCCCGAGACAUCGAGUUUGGGCUGUUAUUGUUCCUGAACGAAAUCGGCUGCCAAAGGCUAUACUCUUGGCUGGUAAU